AUGGAUCAAACACCUUCAUCUAUUGUUACAACUCCUUAUAUUGCAGCAGAAAAUCUUACGGGUACCGGAAGUAUCUCUCGCUUAGGUCCUGCUGCUACUGGUCACAACUUCUCUUCCAACUUGAUUGUGUUGUCAACGGAUCCCAAUGAGCUCAACCAGGGCAGGCAGGCAAGUCGUAGCAACAACGUCUCGAUAGCUGACAGCGACCUUGGUCCGUUAAAAUGGCUUCCAUCUACUCCAUACACUCGCUUAACCCUGUUUGCAGUCAUGGCACAAGCAGUCCUUGUAAUUGUCAUGGAAUCCGUUGUAUAUAAUCAAUUUACUGCAUCGAUUGACACGAAUGAGCCCGGACCUGCACGCGGCAUCCCAGUUUAUCUCGUUAUCUUUCUCAUGGCUCAGAUCUUUCAAAUUGUCUUGUGCUGGGACGCUCUGAUUAAGCAGAAUACAAUGCAAAUUGGCUCUUUUGUUGCGUUCAAUCUUGCCAUCUUAUGCUACUCCAUUUUCCAGUACGCACAGCUGAUCAAAAUUGCAAACUCUGACAUUGGCCUGACUGUGCCUCUUAUUGUAAUUCUUGUAAUUGUCGCUAUAUUUCAAUGUCUUUUUGUUUUUUUGGCCUCCAAGCUAUAUCAUGAGUUUGGAUGGACUAUAUUUAAGCGGAUCGGUGCAGAUCCAUACAUGCGAGAUAUGUACCGCACCUACCAAAUCUUUGUGCUUCUCGUCAAAAUAGAUGUAUUUUUUGUUGUUGGUUUCGGCAUUCAGUUUCUUGUUUUGGUUAUUAAAACAUCCGAUCCUGAAUUCGGUAUCACCAUUGCUGCUAUUCCUAUCAUGCUUUUGAUACUGGCUGUUGCUGUCUAUGGAGUCCGUAAAGAAGAUAAAAUAAUUGUCUUUUGCUUUCUAUUUGGAUUGAUUCUGGCUGUUGCUUAUUUUAUUUUCAAACUUGUUCGUAUCCAUACUCGUCAAGCACAAUACGCGGACACAAAAUAUUAUUUAACAUUUUUUGCUGUACUGAGUUUGGCCAUGGUAAUUGCAACAUUUAUUAUUGCCAUCAAAUGUAUUCUUAACUUUGGAAAAGGUUUGGCUUGUCAUUUGGCAAACAAAAAUAAUUCAAAAGAACAUUCUAUUCCAGUGGAACGUUUACCUUUUGAGUAGAGCAUUCCAAUAAUUAUUACCGUUAGUUUGGCUGUGCAUUAGUAUUAAUGAAUUUUAAAUAUCUGAU